AUGCUUGCUUUGCAGAGGUUCUGUUUAGUUGGUGCUGCUUUUAUGACGAGUUGGGAAUGUUUCUUCCUAUACAGACAUACAACUGUCCGGCUCCUCCUCCGCACCCCACUAGUUAAUGGGUAGGCAACAUUAAUGCGUUAUCAUGGCUCAUACAAGUGAUCAUCUGAGACACGAAAUCAGAAAUUACAACAUUCUGAGGAGAAGCACAGAGUUGGGGCUACAGUUCCGACUCAAAAAAAUCAGAAUUCAUCUUUUCGGGUUAACUGGGCACGGUAAAUCCGCCCUUAUUAAUACCUUCUUGUGCGUGUUUCAUAACAGCGAGUAUCAAAUCGUUGCGAAUGAAGAACACCCUGAGCGAGGUACUGGUGGGGGCACCACAGUGGACCUGCAGUAUUACCAACUCCUUCGCACUUGUGUGGACAUUGUGGACAAUCGCGGGUGUACACGCUUCAGUUUUGGAGAGCAAACGGAGUACCGGCGCCAAAUGGAAGGCGAAAGACAGCUCCUUAGCGACGUGGAGUUCAUGGACGACUGGAAGGCUAACCUUUUGAGCCCAUUCUUAUGGUUUGAACAGUUGUGGAACGAAAGUAAAGAUCAGUCGGCUUUGGUCGUGCCGAUCCUUGUUAUGAGCAAAACGUAUCCUUGGGGCACAGAAAUGUUGGGAAGAGUGCAUCAGUUUUGUAGUGUCGUGUGUAGAUAUACUGGUGUCUAUCCCAUAAUUGUAGCAACCUUUGGUCAGGAAAAUGAUGGAAACCAUGAAACAGAACUCUUUCCAGACCUGCCUGGUGCAAAGUUUCUCGUAAACAACUACAAUGUAACAUCAAUGGAAAGAAAUCAAAAAACAGAUGAAGAUAUCCUUAGAAUUCUGAAGUUAUCUUUGGAUUAUGCAGAUAGAAUCCUUGUAAACUGUAGGAAUUUCAGAAAGAAACCCAGAGUAUUUAACUAAUGCUCUUGACAAUUUAAAAAUUAGCACACCUCUCAAUUGUCAAUGAAUUUGCAUAAUGUCCUUUAUUUUGCUUCAUAUGUUUGCCGUUUUCCUCAUAAAAUAUUUGAUUGUAUGGUAAAUCAGUAAGAAUAAUAGUCAGUCAUUAAUGCAAGACAUUAGUUUCAUUCUUGAUAUUGUUCAGAUAAUCAUGUUGAUGUAAAACAUAUUGUUCUUUUAAUUUUUAAGUGAAUUAGAAUAAUGUAUAGAAUUUGUCCUUCAUUUUGGGCCCCCCCUCAAAUCUUUGGCUUUGUUCAGAAUUUUUAAGCAAAUAAGUUAGUUGAGAGGUAUGUAUGAUUGUAACCAGAUCAUCUUUCUGCUGUCAGAUUAGAAUUUCUUAGAAUUGUGUCAUUCACUAUCUUAGCUUUCAGAUAGAGAUAUAAUAGUAUUUGUAUGUACUUUAUCCUUCGUAAAAAAGACAGAUACAGUACUGAAGUUUGAAACUGUCAUUUGCUUUUAGUGUAGCAUUCAGAAUCACCUGAAAAAUAGACAUAAAUAUUCAUAAUAAUUUCAAUUGCGGUAAGCACAGAGUUGCUACAUAUACAAAUGUUUGACAUGCUUUAGUUUUGCAUCAAGAGUAUGUUAGUAAGUUAAUGUUUUUGUUAAUAGAAGGUAUGGUUUGUUUUUGAAUACAAACAUUUUUAAUUUAGCUUAAUUUUUCAGAAGUAAAACUAAUUGUAUAACAAAGUAGUAAAAAACAGUCUUUACUGAAUUAUGCAUCACUUUAUAAUAUUUUCAUGGGUCUUCACUGACAUCAUGUAAGUUUGCAAUACAGAUUUUUUAACCUGAUAAGGAAUGCAUUGAGCAGUUCCAAGGUAAAGCACAAAGAACCUUGUAGUGACUUUCAAAUAAAGAAAAAAUUAGCAUGCAGGGAUUCCAGAAAUCCUUAAUAAGCAGUUCCAUCUACUACAUAAUUUUACUGGGAUUUUAAAAUGUAGAUUGGAUAAGAUCAGAAUAAGAAGGGCGGUUUGUAACUGUGGUGUUACAGGUGCAGGACCACCUGAUUACUAAGCCCUAUUCUUAUUCUGAUCCUGUCUCAUCUAUAUUUUAAAAUCCAGAUGAAGUCAUACAUUUCAAUAAAGCAGUUCUGCUGUUGUACCAACACCAUUACUAAGUCCACGCCUUAUGUAGUAAAAUAGAAUAGGUAUCAUAAAAUCCUAACAGUUUGUAUCUUGUUUACUAUUCUCAAGUAACAGUUUGGAUAAAAUAUUCAGGUGCUCAUCUGCUGUUUUAAUAGUAAAAUGUUAUUGUGAUUUUAUACAUAAACUGUAAAAUAAUGCUGAA